GGUGUCGCACUCAAGUGCGUUAAUUUUGACCGGAACCAGUACAGCGCGCCCACCUCAGGAUUUAAUGAGUCUUUAUUUCAUCGAAAUUAUUUAUUCUCAAUCGUGAUCGGUUUGAGGAAGUGUGAGAAGAUUUGCAUUUAAAAAAAAAAUUACCAAAGCACUGCUAUUCCCACGAUGAAGGGGUCGCUGAUUUUUUUAACUCUACUAGCGGUAGUUCUCGCUGCAAAAAUCCCGAAUAAAUACGACAACGUGGACGUCGACAAGAUCCUAGGAAAUGAUCGCAUUCUGAAUAAUUAUAUACGAUGCUUGAUGGACGAGGGGUCUUGUACCGCGGAAGGGCGAGAAUUGAAAAAAACCCUGCCUAACGCUCUCUCUUCGGGAUGUGACGAGUGCAAUGAUAUACAGAGAAGCACAGCAAUAAAAGUAAUCGAUCAUCUGAGAACUAAGAGACCCAGGGACUGGGAAAGACUAACUGCUAAGUACGACGCUCGCGGAGAAUAUAAAAAACGUUACGAGACGCUACUCGCAACAAAGAGGAGCUAGAUUUUUUACUCUACUCAAAAUGAUCAAUUGAACGAUGUUAUCGUUAAUUGUAAAUCAAUAUUGUGAUCUAAGGUUUGAUAAGUAUUCAUCGACAAUAAAGUAUAAGUCCCAUAAAAAUUAA